AUGAACACCAGCGCAUACAACCGCGGCAUGAUGGGAUACCGCACGCCUAAUAUCGACAGCAUUGCCCAGGAAGGCGCGCUGUUCACCGAUUGGUAUGGUCAGCAAAGCUGCACCGCUGGACGGGCUGCUUUUGUUACAGGACAGAGCCCAUUCCGAACCGGCCUGCUGAAAGUUGGCCUCCCCGGCGCUAAAGAAGGCCUUUCUGAAAAAGAUCCAACCAUUGCUGGGCUGCUGAAAAAUCAUGGCUACAUGACCGCACAAUACGGCAAGAACCACCUGGGUGAUCUCGACGAACAUUUGCCCACCAACCAUGGCUUCGAUGAGUUUUUCGGCAACCUCUAUCACCUGAAUGCAGAAGAAGAGCCGGAAAGCCCCGACUAUCCUCAGGGUGCCGAGUUCAAGAAGAAAUUUGGGCCUCGAGGCGUUAUCAAUUCAACUGCUGACGGAAAGAUCGAAGACACGGGUCCUCUAACCAAGAAACGUAUGGAAACCGUUGACGAAGAAGUCACCGCAGGCGCCCUUGAUUUCAUGGAUCGUGCUGUCAGUGCUAACAAGCCUUUCUUCCUGUGGUGGAACUCCACACGCAUGCACGUCAACACCCACCUCAAAGCCGAGUCUGAAGGCGUAACCGGGCUGGGCAUUUACGCAGAUGGCAUGGCUGAACAUGACACCCAUGUCGGUCAGCUCCUCGACAAACUCGAUGAGCUGAAAAUUGCUGACAACACCAUCAUCAUGUACUCCACCGACAACGGCGCGGAAAUCUUCACCUGGCCGGACGGUGGCAUGACACCUUUCCGCAAUGAGAAAAACUCAAACUGGGACGGUGGUUAUCGUGUACCGACCAUGAUCAAGUGGCCUGGCGUGAUCGAUGGCGGCACCGUCUAUAACGACGUCUUCUCCCAUGAAGAUAUGCUGCCAACCAUUAUGGCUGCAGUCGGCGAAGCUGACAUCAAAGAAAAAUUGAAGAAAGGUCAUCGCGCCAUUGGCCGGAACUAUAAAGUCCACCUGGACGGCUACAACCUUCUACCUUACUUCAAAGGUGAAGUUGAAGAAGGUCCGCGCAAAGAGUUUUUCUACUGGACCGAUGACGGCCAGCUGGCAAAUCUGCGAUAUGACCGCUGGAAAAUGGUCUUCAUGGAACAGCGAGCGCAUGGCUUUAAUGUCUGGCAGGAGCCGAUGGUGACACUGCGUCUACCUAAGCUGUUCGAUAUGCGGGGCGACCCCUUCGAACGCGCUGACCAUGAAGCAGCCGGUUACGACAUGUGGCGUUUUGAUCGCGCCUACCUGAUUCUCCCGGCGGUGGAUUAUGUCGCUCAGCACCUGGCAACCUACCGGGAAUUCCCGCCACGUCAGGAGGCAGGCAGCUUCAACCUGAACAAAGUCCUCGAGACCUUGCAGAGCAACCCGGGAACAAACUAA